CGCGCGCGCACGCUACAAGCGAAAGUGAACGAAAAUGAAGGAACUACUAACCUUGGUGUCACUAGUCCUAAGCGGGGUGGUGGCGCAGGCACCCUACCCGCCCAGCGGUUGGAGACCUGAUGGUCCAGCGUUCGUGACACCGGAGAGGACACAGUUUGUGUCACCCCAACAACAGUACUUGCCACCCGUGGAUCCUAGAAGACCUCUGACACCCAACGGUUUUGACGAGGGAGACGUCUCAGUCCAGGGAUUGCCCAUUAUCGAACCUCAGCAGAUAUUUGAGGUGUCACCCAUCAAUGGACAACAAUACACUGGACCCAGUAUUAACGCUGACAUUCAGCGACUGAAUCCAAGCUUCCAACAAGCACAGUACCAACAGCAGCAGGAAAAAGCACUCCAAUUUGCCAGACAGCGAGAGUUCGAAAACAACCGCGCCAGAUUUCCAUCCAGUACACUGCCAAACCAACAGUCACCGAGACAAUUCGCUUCACCACCAACAACAACAACUACCACCACUGCUAAACCUGAACUCAAAACACCCCAAGCAGAAACAACAACUGAAUCCAUAAACUUGAAUGAAGGGGAAACCUUGGAUGACAACACAAAAGAACAAAAAGACAAAGUCUCCGUUGAAGUAACCAAGCAAAAUAUCCAAGAGUAUCCACCAGAGAUAUUCUUGAAUCCGUUCGCUCAAUUGAAAUUGCAGCAACAAUUUGUUCCUUUUGGUCCUCAAUUCGGUCAGUUGAGGGCACCACUGUUUUACCAACCAGCCCAGUUACAAGAUGGGCGAACUGGAUUUGAUGGUCCAGCGCAUUUGUCUGCCUUACCUUCUGUAUUGGCUCAACGAGAAUUAUUAUCUCAACAAGCUCAAGGACAAGGUUUUGCUCAAAACCCUAUAAUAGUUCAACAACAACCAGGUUUCAUUCAAGAACCGGUUAACAAAUUUCAACCCAUGCCACCAAUCCAACGUGCUCAGCAACCAGUUCAACCUGUAGACCCUGAACAAAAUGAAGAACCUGAUCAAGAUGAUGAACGCGAUGUCGAACCAUUACAACCAACGCAGCCUUCGCAAGAUUAUCCACAAAUUCAAGCGCAACCGGUCAUAUUGCAGCAACAACCAAUAAAUCAGAUUCAACCAAACCAAUUUCAACAACCACAAUUACAGUACCAACCUCAACCACAGUUGCAAUUCCAAUCUCAACCGGUCCAAUUUGCACAGCCACAAUAUCAACCACAACCACAAUUACCAGUUCAACCUCAAGUAAUUCAACCAAGUCAAUUUCCACAGCCUCAACUACAGUACCAACCUCAACCGCAGUUAAUUCAGCCACAACAGGCGCAACCAAAUCCAUACCCUCAACCUCAGUUACAGUUUCAACCGCAACCCGCUCAACCAAAUCAAUUCCCUCAACCUCAGUUGCAAUUUCAACCUCAACCCGCUCAACCAAAUCAAUUCCUGCAACCACAAAGACCAAAGGACGUUGAAGAAAUCGAACCAACCGAUCAACAAGUAGUUUACCAAAACUAUCAACCUCAAUUCUACCAGCCGCAGUUUCAAGGAAACCAAUAUCAGACGCCAGAACAACCUUUAUUUGUAGGUCAACCUCAACAAACAUUUGCUUAUCAAAACCAAGAGCAGUUUUACCAAAACCAGUUUCCCCAACAACAAUAUGAUCCCAACCAAGCUCAACCUCAAGAUGGUCAACCUUUACAAAGUGGUUUAGAUAUAAAUCAACAAGGAAAUGACAUUGAUCAACAAGAAGAACAAGAGAAUGAGCAAGAAGAAGAAGGUCCUAAAGUGACUGCAGUAGCUACAGCUUUCGGCACAAGGACUCAGCCCCGAGUAUUCGCCAAGUAUGGUGCUCCUAUACCUAAGGUUCAGCAAAGUCCAGGAUAUGAGACCACUACUGAACAGGCACAGGAAGAACCUCAAGAAGAAGACGCCCCUGCUGUGGCUCAAGCGACAGCUGUAGCCAGCGGACGGAGAAACGCCAAAUUGAGGAGCCGUCGGGUUCGACCAAUUUUCACGUUGGACCGAUCAGGACAUUUAGUGCUCGCUCAACAGCAAUAAACUAAUACUAAUAAU